GCUAAAACUUCAGCCGAUAUUCUGCUUCUCCUCUAUUUACUUUGUAUUCUCUUGCCACUGUCUCUGGGUUUGCGGUUCGAAGGAUCCGCUGCAAUGGAAGUCAACGAGGAUGUGAUGGCUGCGAAUAAGCGCGCCUUUCUGAAUUUCUUGGACGAAGAUGUGGGUAAGGGAUUUUACAUGAAGGCUAUAAGGGAUAUGGUCCAGAACAAGCGCUGUCGCCUUAUUCUCGGCAUGGAUGAUAUACGCAGCUAUAGUCUGGACCUUGCCCGAAGAUUGAUUCGGAAUCCGGGGGAUUUCAUACAACCAAUCUCCGAUGCCCUAACGGAAGUCACGCGAAAUGUGGACCCAAAAUACCUGAAGGAAGGGGAGAGAGUGCUCGCGGGAUUUAGCGGACCCUUUGGUUUCCACAAGGUUACGCCAAGGGAUCUCAUGUCCUCAUUCAUCGGAUCCAUGGUUUGUGUUGAAGGGAUCGUGACCAAGUGCUCUCUUGUAAGGCCAAAAGUUGUCAAAAGUGUUCACUACUGCCCCACAACCAGUUUAUUUACAUCUCGAGAGUAUAGAGACAUUACGUCCAUGACAGGCCUACCUACAGGUUCCGUGUAUCCAACAAGGGAUGAGAAUGGAAACUUACUGGUGACUGAAUAUGGAUUGUGUGAAUACAAGGACCAUCAAACACUUUCAAUGCAGGAAGUGCCUGAAAAUUCUGCUCCAGGACAACUUCCUAGAACAGUAGAUGUCAUCAUAGAGGAUGACCUGGUGGAUUCUUGCAAGCCGGGGGAUCGUGUGUCAAUUGUAGGGAUAUAUAAAGCUCUUCCUGGAAAAAGUAAAGGCAGUUUAAAUGGGGUGUUCAGGACCGUUCUCAUAGCCAAUAAUGUUUCUCUUCUCAACAAGGAGGCAAAUGCUCCAAUAUAUUCACUGGAGGACCUAAAGCGAAUGAAAGAAAUAGCCAAGAGAAAUGAUACAUUCGAUCUAUUGGGGAAUUCAGUAGCGCCUUCAAUAUAUGGUCAUUUGUGGAUCAAGAAAGCAGUUAUAUUACUGAUGCUUGGAGGUGUGGAAAAAAAUCUGAAAAAUGGAACACAUUUGAGAGGUGAUAUCAAUAUGAUGAUGGUUGGUGAUCCUUCGGUUGCCAAAUCUCAGCUUUUAAGAGCAGUCAUGAACAUUGCCCCAUUGGCUAUUUCGACUACUGGUCGGGGUUCCUCUGGUGUUGGCUUGACUGCUGCUGUUACUUCUGACCAGGAAACUGGGGAGAAAAGGCUUGAAGCUGGCGCCAUGGUUCUUGCUGAUCGAGGUGUUGUUUGUAUUGAUGAGUUUGAUAAAAUGAAUGAUCAAGAUCGUGUUUCUAUCCAUGAAGUUAUGGAACAACAAACAGUAACAAUCGCCAAAGCAGGAAUUCAUGCAUCAUUAAAUGCUAGGUGCAGUGUGAUAGCUGCUGCAAAUCCGAUAUAUGGAACUUAUGAUCGAUCGUUAACACCAACGAAGAAUAUUGGACUUCCAGACUCAUUGCUUUCUCGUUUUGACCUGCUUUUUAUCGUCCUCGAUCAAAUGGACCCUGAAAUUGAUCGUCAAAUCGCAGAACAUGUCUCUCACAUGCAUAGAUAUUGCACAGAUGAUGGAGGAAUUGGAGCCUUUGAAAAAGGUGCUCGAUACACUGAAGAAGAUGAUGGUGAUGUCAAUGCGCCCAUUUUUGUAAAGUAUGAUCGUGUACUUCAUGGCCAUGAAAAGAAGAGGGGUAAAAGGCAGAAGAAUGAGAGACUCACUAUUAAGUUCUUAAAGAAGUAUGUUCACUAUGCUAAAAAUAGGAUUCAGCCCAAGCUCACAGAUGAGGCAGCUGAUCAUAUUGCAACUCUAUACGCAGAACUUAGGGAUGCUAGUGCAAGUGCAAAGUCUGGAGGAGGUACACUUCCAAUCACAGCAAGAACUUUAGAGACUAUCAUACGUCUCUCUACCGCUCAUGCCAAAUUAAAGUUAAGGAAUGAGGUUUUGAAGGGAGACGUAGAAGCUGCUCUUAUGGUUUUAAACUUUGCUAUAUAUCAUAAGGAGUUAACUGACAUGGAAGAGCGUGAACAAAGGGAAAGAGAGAUGGAGAUGAAGCAGAAGGCUGAUCAUGAUCCUGGCCAUGAUGCUGAUAUGGAUGGAAGCAGAACAGAUGCCAUGGAAGUAGAUGAAGUCCCUGAAGUAGAAACAGAUGAAAUUUCUCCAGAAAGGAUCGAGGCAUUUGAAACCAUUUUGGGGCAACAUGUGCUUGCUAAUCACCUCGAUCAAAUCUCUAUAUCAGAAGUUGAACGCUUAGUUAAUCGUGAAGCACCUGCGCCCUACACUAGGCGGCAAGUUGAAUCUAUCUUGGAGAGAAUGCAAGAUGCCAACAGAAUAAUGAUAAGAGAUGGAAUUUUGAGAAUUAUUUAAGUCGGCUCUGAAAUGUUGUAGAAACUACAAGGUAACAUGCAGCAGAUGAUUUCAGCAUUUUUCCUAUUUGUUGCAGUCAAGAACCGUCAGAUACCCAUAUGAAGCUUGAAGUUUGGUUAUUGUGUGAGCUCUGUUAUAUAUACGAGCAUGCCGUUAACCUCAUGCAGAGUAGUCCGUUAAAAACAGUUUGAAAUCAUUGAAUGUUUGAAGAAGUUAUGAUGAAAUUAAGAAAAUUUCUUUUCUAAGGAUGAGUUGCACCAUUAAUGUACACUCGACAUCACUGUUCUUCUAUUUGAUUGUUCAAGCGA